CUCUCUGAGUCUGUAUGUGUUUGUUUUCUGGAUCCCCAGGCACCAGUGGUGGUGUUGGCGAGCUGCUUCCUGCCCCUCCUUCUCCGGCAGGUGCAAAUAAGCUCAGCAAAGAAGGAUUUCACAGCAACAACCUGGAGAUCCCGCCCAUUCUUUACUUCAUUAGGGAGGUGAGGGGGCAGAGAACAAAUGCACACAACUCAUCCACUGGGACUGCUUCUCCACUUGAAAACAGAUACCAGCGAGAGAGAGAGCGAGAGAGAGACGUUUUUUAUUUCUUUUCCAGUUCCAAGAAUGAUCUACCGUUUGCACCAUUCAGACUGAAAAAGUUGUGCCAAGUAUUCAUCCACUGGAGCACGAGCAGAGCGAGCUGAGAUGGCAGGUCAGCCGAUGGAACUAGCAGCACUAAUCCUGUCUCUUUUGGGCCUAAUAGGUGUCUCGGCCAGCACAGGGAUGCCUAUGUGGCGCGUGACGGCAUUUAUUGGCGAGAACAUCAUUGUGAUGGAGACGCGCUACGAGGGCCUGUGGAUGAACUGUUAUCGACAGGCCAACAUUCGCAUGCAGUGUAAGGUUUACGAUUCGCUGCUGGCACUCACGCCUGAUCUCCAGGCGGCCCGAGGCCUCAUGUGCUGCUCGGUGGCACUGGCUGCCAUUGGCCUGUUCAUCGCCAUCACAGGGAUGAAAUGUACUGCAUGCAUACAAGGAAAUGAGCGAGCCAAACGUAUGGUUCUCAUUGUGGCUGGCUCCCUCAUUAUCCUUGCCUGCAUCUGCUCCCUUAUUCCCGUCUCCUGGACCGGCAAUGUGAUUAUACGAGAUUUCUACAACCCCCUCCUGAUCGACGCCCAGCGAAGGGAGCUUGGCGAGGCGCUCUACAUCGGAUGGGUUUCCUCUGCGUUGCUUUUUGUCGGCGGAUGCAUUUUUGCGUGUUGCGGCGGGUCUGGAAAAGAGAAACGAGCCGACCAGACCCCUCGCUAUGAUUACAAAAGGGAUAUGUCGUACGUGGCGUACCAACCUCAACCACAACAAAUGGCGUAUCAGCCCAGACCUGCAGCCGCCUACAGUUUUGCGUCUAGAGAGCCGUCCUUUAUCCAGACGUCCACUCAACCAUCUAUUGUUCAGACAUCCAGGCAGCAGAGCUUCAUCCAGCCGUCCAGGCAGCAGAGCUUCAUCCAGCCGUCCAGGCAGCAGAGCUUCAUCCAGCCAUCCAGGCAGCAGAGCUUCAUCCAGCCGUCCAGACAGCUGUCGGUUCGUAGUGGUGUUGCCUAUCUGUGAAAAUGACUGGAUAAGCACGAACCAGUGGUUAAAUGAGGACAGAACAGAGAUAUGGUAACCCGAUCCAGCCAAUGUGUGUGUAUAAAUAUAUAUGUAUAAAUAUGUAUAUCCUUGUUUACUGCUGCUUACUUGGACUAACCUCACUUGACAAUACUGUUCUGAUGUUUCAUGUGAAAUGAUCUUAUUGUACGUAGCUCAUAUUUGAAAAAUCAUCACGAAUCAAUGUCUAGAUAUUCUCAUAAAAGCCUGUUUGAGUUACAGAUUCUAUGUUUUUGAUGCAUGUGACUACAUCAUGCGCCCCCCCCCCCCAAAUUAACGUUUUUAGCACUUUUUUUUUGUAUUUACGAGGGAUGUGUUUAGAAGGUGAGUGAGGCAAGUUGCUCGCAUGCAAUUAUGAUUACCAAAUCAUUUGUCGCUUUGUGUACUCCAGCGUCUCGGUGAUCCGCGUGCCCGGAGGCUCCUGUGUGAAAUUUAAGCCAAUGAGCAUACAUUGUCUCAAAUUCUUUAACCAGACACACCCUUUACAUCCACAGCAACCGUACAACUGAAGCAGAAAAAGGAGAACAAGGAUAUAAUAAACCUUCACUGGUAUUGUACUGUACAAAGACAUUUUUUUUAAUGGCAAGAGUACAGGCUUGACAAUUCCAAUGAAAUAAUAUAAGAAGAACUAUCACAUACAAAUCUCUUUUUUUUUUUUUACAGAGAUGUUUAUAACAAAGGUUUAUAUCUAACCAUUUAUUCAUGAAUAUCUCUGAUGGCCAAAACUGUCUUUGGUACAUGUAAUUAUGUACUUAUUACUUAUGUAUUUCCACGUUAUGUCUUCUGAUGAUAUAUUCACCAACUAUUCAAGGAAACGGACCAUUUUAGGACGAGCGCCAGCUCAAGCCAUCAUACUUAACCUUCGUAUUGUUUUUCCUAAAUCAUUCAAAAAAAUGUUAUCAGAUGAAAACUGUGUAUAAAUAUAUUGUAGACCAGUGCUGUGUAAAUAUCUCUUCGUAAAUACACCAGAACUUAUAGGAACCAUGUCAUUAUUUGGUGCAGUAAAGUUUAAAGUCAUUAGAUUAUGGAUUUCGUAACCCUUGCUUGAUUUUGUGGCUCAAGGGCGGGUGGGGGUGAUGGUGGUAAUGCUAAGGUUGUUUGCUUACUACUGAGUUACUGAUUCCAUCAAAGGAAUAUAAAAUUGAGAGAAAUGGUUAAUUUAUUAUAUUUAUUAAUCCCUGUAAGGAAGUAAAGGCAGACAAAGGAGACAAAGACUGUAAACAUUCGAAAUUCAAGGGAAAUUCAAGAUUUGCAUGAGUUUGCAUAUUUCUGAAGCGAAGGCAAAUGAGGAAGAGGCGGACCUGUCCAAUGGCUCAGGGAUUUAUGCUCAAAGAGCGGCAGUUUAUUAGGUGCGUCUACCAUAUGGGUCACUUUGUAGGUUUUUAAAAAAAAAAAUUUAAACAAUAUCAAUCUUCAGAACAUUAUCAGUAUACAAAAACAAAUAAUGUAAUGUCAGUUCAUAUUUGUUUAAGGAGCACUUGUAAUAUAAAUAUCCUGAUAUAGUCCCAUCCAUCCAUCAUCUGGAUGGGUUGUGGGGAGCAUGGGGUGCAGGGCUGGUGACACCCUGGACACACCCAUUCAUACACUAUGGACAUGCCAAUCAGCCUACAGUGCAUGUCCUUGGACUGGGGGAGGAAACCGGAGUACCCGGAGAAAACCCCUGAAGCACCUGCAAGCUCCGUGCACACAGGACCCUGGUAGGAAUUGAACCCUCAACCCUGGAGGUGUGAGGUGAAUGUGCUAACCACUAAAUAAUAUAGUCCCAUAGAACAUAAAUACUGAUAUAAUCAGUAUAAGUAUCCAACUGUAAUUCAAAUUAAUUUGUAACUGUAACAUAUUGAUAUUGCCAUGGUUACGUUUGGUAUAGACUAAGGUGAUAUUGCAAAGCUUACAUUUGUACUGCACUAAAAUGAUGUCACCAAGGUUACCUUAGGCUUACACUAAAAUGGUGUUGCCAUGGUUACGUUUGAAUUAUACUAAAAUUAUAUUGCCAUGG